AUGACAUCAUCAAUUCCAUUUCGACCUCUCGGAAAAACAGGUGUAAAGAUCCCAUCGAUUGGAUUAGGAUGUAUGGGAAUGAGCGAAUGUUAUGGAGAAGCUGAUUAUGUUCAUAGUUUGCAAGUUUUGAGACGCUCCAUUGAAUUGGGAAGCUAUCAUUGGGACACCGCGGAUCUUUAUGGGAUUGGCAAAAACGAAGAAUUAUUAUCGCACAUUUUAAAGGACCAUAGAAAAGAUGUGUUUCUCGCUACUAAAUUCGCCAUUGUUCGUGAUGAGAACGGGAUUGCUAAAGGUGUACGAGGAGACGCGCCAUAUGUUCGUGAAUCAUGUGAAAAAAGUUUGAAGCGAUUAGGCGUCGAUUAUAUCGAUCUUUAUUAUCAACACCGCGUCGAUCCAAAAACACCAAUUGAGGAGACUGUUGCUGCUAUGGCUGAAUUAGUCAAAGAGGGAAAAGUCAAGUAUCUCGGUCUGUCGGAAUGUAGUGUUGAUGAACUUCGACGGGCUUAUAAAGUACACCCGAUUGCUGCUUUACAGAUGGAAUAUAGUCCAUGGGCUCUUGAUAUUGAACAAGACGGGAUUCUUGAAACGUGUCGCGAACUUUGCGUUACCAUUGUAGCUUAUAGUCCAUUAGGACGUGGUUUCUUGUCGGGACAAAUAAAAUCCCUUGAUGAUUUAGCCGAAAACGACUUUCGAAGACUACUUCCACGAUUCCAAGGCGAAAAUUUCGCGAAGAAUUUCGAAAUUGUACGUCGCCUUGAGGAGCUAGGUCGCAAGAAAGGAGUUACAAGCAGUCAACUUUGCCUAGCUUGGAUUUUGGCUCAGGUAAAUGGACCCACAACCAUCACUCUAACCGCUGAAGAAAUCAACGAAAUACGAUCUGCUAUUAAUGCUGUUGAAGUGACUGGGGGUCGGUAUCCAGAUUCCUCCCUUAUAAAGACAAUCUUAUUAUAA